AUGGUUCAAUCAACACUAGACAGUGUCUCCAUCCUUGGCGCCGGCAACGAAGCCUCUCGCCGAAUCCUCACCAAGGAAGCCGUCAACUUCCUUGCAAUCUUGCAUCGCAGUUUCGAGCCGACCCGCCAACACCUUCUCAAGCUCCGCCAACAACGUCAAAUCGACACAGAUAACGGACACCUGCCAGAUUUCCUCCCUGAGACUAAGCACGUUCGCGACGACAAGAACUGGAGGGGCGCUCAGCCAGCGCCUGGUUUGGUGGAUCGCAGAGUUGAGAUAACCGGACCCACGGACAGGAAAAUGGUCGUCAACGCUCUCAACUCUGACGUUUGGGCUUACAUGGCCGAUUUUGAAGACUCAAAUGGUCCUACAUGGGACAACAUGAUUCAAGGCCAGGCUAAUCUGUACGACGCCAUCCGCCGACAAGUCGACUUCAAGCUCGGCGAAAAGGAGUACAAGCUCAGAACUGAUCGCACUCUCCCGACAUUAAUCGCCCGCACGCGUGGAUGGCACUUGGAUGAGAAGCAUUUCACAGUCGACGGACAGCCCAUGUCCGGCGCCCUCUUUGAUUUCGGACUGUACUUUUUCCACAAUGCCAAGGAGUUGAUUUCCCGCGGCGCCGGCCCCUAUUUCUACCUGCCCAAGAUGGAGUCGCAUCUCGAGGCGAGGUUAUGGAACGACGUGUUUAAUAUGUCGCAGGAUUACAUUGGUAUCUCGAGAGGCACCAUCCGCGCUACCGUGUUGAUCGAGACCAUCAGCGCUGUUUUCGAAAUGGAUGAGAUCAUUUACGAGCUCAGAGACCAUAGCUCUGGCCUCAACUGCGGCAGAUGGGACUACAUCUUCACCUUUGUCAAGCGCUUCCGCAACCGUCCCGGCUUCGUCCUCCCCGACCGCUCCGACGUCAGCAUGACCGUCCCCUUCAUGGACGCCUACGUCAAGCUCCUCAUCAGCACAUGCCACGCCCGCGGGGUCCACGCAAUGGGCGGCAUGGCGGCCCUCAUCCCGCGCAAGGACGACCCGGCCGCGAACGCCUUGGCGAUGGACAGUGUGCGCGCCGACAAGCUGCGCGAGGUCAAGGCCGGACACGACGGUACCUGGGUCGCGCACCCGGCGCUGGCGUCGAUUGCGUCGGAGAUCUUCAACGAGCACAUGCCUACCGCGAACCAGAUCUUCAAGAGGCCCGAGGUGAAGGUCACGCGAGACGACUUGAUUAACUCUGUUGUUCCUGGAAAGGUUACCGAUGAGGGCGUGAGGAAGAACUUGCAUAUUACUCUGGCGUAUAUGGAGGGUUGGCUUCGUGGUGUGGGCUGCAGUGCCAUCAAUUAUCUCAUGGAGGACGCCGCAACAGCUGAGGUGUCGCGCUCACAACUGUGGUACUGGGUGCACCAUGGCGUCAGCACCGCUGAAGGCACCAAACUCGACAAGACGACAAUGCUCAACGUCCUCGACGAGGUCACAAAGGAACUGCUCAAGUCUGCGCCGACGAACAACAAGUUUGAGCUGGCGGCAAAAUACCUGCGGCCGCAAGUUACGGGCGAGGACUACGCCGACUUCCUUACAACGUGA